UUGCCUUACAAAGCGACGGUGCCCAGAAGCGAGUCGCUGCUCAGCUGGAACUUUACGAUGCGCAAGCUGGAAGUGAGUUGGAUUCUAAUUGGAAUAUGGCUAAUGCUAGCAGAAGCGCUGCAGGGCUUCAGCACGCAGUAUCGUGGCAACACGAAGCAUCCAACGCUAUCCGAGCACUGCUUCUAUGCGGAACUGGAGUUGGCUGUGCCUCGCAAUGGAACCGUCUUUCCCGUCGAUCAAUUUGACUUUUGCGCUCAGGUGUAUUGCCGGGAGGACUACGUGCUCAUGAUUAAGCAUUGCGACCGCAUGCAGUUGGCCGAUGGCUGUCAUUUCACGCCCAACGACUAUACCAAGCCUUAUCCGGAUUGCUGUGCCACGCGCGUCUGUCCAACUAAAUGAUUUAUCCAAUUGGAGAUUGUAUAUAUAUUAAUAUAAAAACACUUUUAUACUCAACAUAGACGGAUUUCUGAAUAUGCUAACU